AUGACGGCCAAAAACGAAGUGAACGAGACCACUAUCACCAUGCUCCCUCAAUCCGCGAGUCUCUUCUUUACCAUGCUGCCCCCAGAGAUCCGCGACGCCAUCUACCGCCUCGCUCUAGUCAUCUGGUCGCACGAAGACACUAUCGGCUACUACCGAUACGCCCGCGUGCCGUGCAUGGCUCUCUUCAAGGACGGCGUGAAGGGGCCACUCCUCGGCAUGCUUCUUGCUCGCAAGCGCGCGUACCACGAGCUUCCGCGUGACCUCUUGGCCGGGUUUUCCAUUUGCAUUACGAAAAGACCGGCUGGCGAUCCUAUGCUCUUUGCUCCUUGGACACUGUCGUCGGGCAAGCCCCAGUUGGAGAAAAGAAAGCUAGGUCAAAAGGUCGCUGGGAUUGGGGCCUAUGGGAACAUGCCGCUUGACAAAAGGCGGAUGCUGACUAUUUUCAUUGACGAGGCUCUGGAAAAGGGGCUCAAUUUUGGGGGGGGGUAA